UCCAGUGGUCCCACCCCCCUUAAAACGAUAAUUUCGUGUUAUUUUUCAAUCCAAAACUCAAUAUUCUUGGUAUAUUGAAGUGUAGGAAUAAGUUUCUAAGGUUGGAUUUCGGAAUAGAGCGGCGUAUAACAUAUUUCAAAAACUCCAAAAAAGCUUCAAUCUAGGUAUUUCACUAUGAAUUUUCUAUUACAUUGUUAAAUAUAGUAUUACCCUAAGCAUGAUCAUUGUAUAACUGUUGUGCACUACUCGUUUUUUUUUUUUUUUUUUUUUUUUUUUUUUUUUGCGUUUUUGGGCAGUCCGUGCACUGUUGGGACUGCCCAUUUUUUCAUUUUUUUUUUUCAUUUGUUUAUCUAUUGUUAAUUAGUUAAUUAUUUAUUGCUUGUUUAUUUAGUAUUUGUUAAUUGUUGGAUUAGCGACUUAAGUAUUUGUUAAUUGUUGGAUUAGCGACAUAAGUAUUUAUUAAUUGUUAGACUAGCUAUUUCAAUUGUUAGACUGGCUAAUUAUUUAUUUUGUUUUUGUUAAGCCAAUUGUUUAUUUGUUAAUAAUUUCUUAAUUGUUUCAUUAGUUAAUUAAUUGUUUAUUUGUUAAAUAUACGAUAAUAAUUUAUUAUUUUUUUGAUUAGUUACUUAAUUGUUUAUUUAUUAAAUAUGUGAUAAUAACUUGUUAAUUAUUUGAUUAGUUAGUUAUUUGUUUAUUUAUUAAUUAUUUAUACUAAUUGUAUGCUAACUAAUUGUUAAUUAUUUGACUUAUCUUUAUACUUUAGGAAUGAAAACCCUUAGUUUAGGAUUCUUAACCCGUAGCUUAGGAUUGAAAACCCUUAAUAUAAUUUUCUAUAAAAGAUUACAUAACUAAUAUUACUUGUUAAUGAUUUAUUUAAAAUACGUAAAACAGAUGGGUCACCACAAUCUUUAAUAAAAUAUUCGAUAAAAGAUUACAUAACUAAUACUAAUACUACUUGUUAAUGAUUUAUUUAAAAUGCGUAAAAUAGAUGGAUCACCACCCUCUUGAUCCGGGGCCCUUCGACCGACAGUUACUGUAUCUUCAGCCCGAGCAUAGGUCGCAACAUAUAUGGACAUCCGACCUGCAGCCUGAGUCUCAGGUUCGUACCCGGUUAGGGGACUCAGCAUGGGAGAUCUUAGCUGCUCGCCCACCACAUCCUCGUGUCCUGGAUAUACUACGUCGGGGCGGUAUCUACCGGUGCGUCGAAGUUGGUCGGGUACAGCACGAUAGGUCGCUAGUGACGGCAUUGAUUGAGAGGUGGCGACCGGAGACGCACACAUUUCAUCUCCGCACCGGUGAGACUACCAUUACCCUUCAGGAUGUGGAGGUCAUUUAUGGGCUACAGGUUGAUGGACGCCCAUUGUAUAUUGAGGAGCCUCCUAUGUUGCCGCCUUACCGGGGUGAGUUGAUUAGGCUCACCGGUUUCGCGGCUCUGGAUGGUCAUAUUUCCGGCCAGAGUCGGCUUUUGUUGUCGGCCCUUUACGCUCACUUGCGCCUCACAGACAUGCAGCAUCUGAUUGGAGAGGACACGCCUCAGGCUGAUGUUGAUCGACGUGCGCGUCUAUACCUACUCAUCAUAUUAGGGGCCAUCCUAUUCCCGAACACUUCGGGUUCGCAUAUGAGCUUGAGGUAUCUUCGGUAUAUCGACGAUCUCGCCGAGAUAGGAUGUUAUAGUUGGGGCGCUGCUGUGCUGGCCUACAUGUAUCGAGGAUUAUGCCGAUGUUCUAUGGGCACGAGGGUAGAGGUCCCUGCAUUUUGCUCGCUUCUUCAGAUAUGGGUGUGGACUAGGUUGAGACCUUUUCAGCCCAUACCAGCUGACCCUCCCGCUGACUAUCUUACUGUCCCGAUGCCAUACGCGCGGAGAUGGUCGCGAGGCGUACGCCGACGUGUGGAGACGCACCACAGCCUUCUCCCGUUUAGGGAUCAGCUAGACCGCAUGACGGCGCAGACGGUAUGUUCAUAUUUUGGAUUCACACGCUAGACCACAUAACUACUAUUUUAGUCUUUUGUUGUUAACUAGUUCAAUUCUUUUUACAGGCUUUUAUAUGGACGUCGUAUGAUCAUAUUUUGGAUGAGCUGCCGGCGUUUUGUAGGGCUGGUCAGCACAUGUGGAUGUCGCGGUGUCCAUUGAUACAUAUGGAUAUCGUUGAGUAUCACGCGCCCGACCGCGUGUUACGGCAG